UUCGAUUGCCCAGAGCAAGACAAGAGUAUUUCCCUGGUGUAAGCUGGGCGAAUGAUCCCGAGGGAUAUAACUAACCCAAUAAAGGAAGAAGAAGAAGAAGUUUAUUGACAUUGACGUUGACGUUAUUUAUCGUGAUUUAUCGUUUAUUUAUCCAUUUUUCACAGUUUUGUUUGUUUUGUUGCCUAAAGUUGGUUUUGUUUUCUGAAUUAAAAAUUAAACAUAUAUUUUUUAUUCAGUUGAUUUUUGAUUUAUUAGUCAUGGAGUUUAAUACUGAAAUUGAUGAAAAGUUUGUUGAAUAUAACCAAAAAUAUAUUCUUACUCAGCUAUCCACAUCAAGGGAUUUGAAGAAUGAACCAGAAAAAUAUAAGUCAGGGUGAAAUUAAGAGGUACUACAUCUGAUGAAUCAUGUCUAGAUCUAUCCAGUAUGCCACAGGGUUCCCACCUGGGACCUUUACUCUUCAUCUUAUUUAUAAAUAUUGUAGUACAAUGUAUUAAAGACUGUGAAAUACUAAUUUAUGCUGAUGAUGUUAACUCUUUGUGGAACGAGAUUUUCUAGACCCUUCCAGCACGGAAUCAUUCAAUUCAAUGGAACUAAAACUCAAAAUUAAGGAAGAGUCUGUUGAAAGUGGCCAAAGAUAUGUAGAGAGUCAGCCAUGCACAUCUCUAGAUCAUAAAGAGUUGAAGAACGAACCAGAAGAAAAUAGCUCAGAUAUGGGAGUCAAACUUAAAAUUAAGGAAGAGUUCGCUGAAGAUGACCAAGGAUAUGUUGAGAGUCUGCUAAUUACACCUCAAGAGCUUAGAGACUUAAAGAAUGAACCAUGUGAAGAUAAAUUAGGUCUGUCUUACAAGAAGAACCGAACGGAAAUUGUGGAGACGUUACCUGAGGAUUCAUUCAAUAAAAAACAAAUAAGUCUGAACUUUGAAGAAGUAACAAUAAAUAAUUCUAUUUGUUCUAAAGAUGUUAGUUCCAAAAAUAAUUUAGAUGAACAUAUGAACAUCGAGACCGGAGAAGGACUUCACAAAUGUGAAAUUUGUUUUAAGAAAUUUACUAGAAUAGCUAGUUUGAAAAAGCAUUUGAGAGAACACACUGGUGAAACACCUAGCAAGUGUGAAAUUUGUUUCAAACAAUUUACUAGAACAGCUAGUUUGAAGAUUCAUUUAAGAGUACACACUGGUGAAACACCUUACAAGUGUGAAAUUUGUUUUAAGCAAUUUAAUAGAAUAGCUAGUUUGAAGCUUCAUUUGAGAGUACACAAUGGUGAAACACCUUUUAAGUGUGAAAUUUGUUUUAAGCAGCUUCGUGAUUCGCAUAGUUUAAAAAGACAUAUGAGAGUCCAUACUGGAGAAAAACCAUAUCAGUGUGAAAUUUGUUUCAAAUCAUAUACUGAAGCGUCGGAUUUGAAAAAGCAUUUGAAAGUACACACUGAAGAAACACCUCACAAGUGUGAAAUUUGUUUUGAGCUGUUUUCUCAAGCAUCCGAUUUGAAAAAGCAUUUGAGAGUGCACACUGGAGAACCUUUUAAGUGUGAAAUCUGUUUUAAGCACUUUCGUGAUUCACAUAAUUUGAAAAGACAUAUGAGAGUGCAUACUGGGGAAAAACCGUACCAGUGUGAAAUUUGUUUCAAAUCAUAUUCUGAAGCAUCCGAUUUGAAGAAGCAUUUGAAAGUGCACACUGGAGAAACAGCUUACCCUUACAAAUGUGAAAUUUGUUUUAAGCCGUUUUCUCAAGAAUCCGAUUUGAAAAAGCAUUUGAGAGUGCACACUGGAGAAACACCUUACAAGUGUGAAAUUUGUUUAAAACAAUUGCGAGAUUCACAUAAUUUGAAAAGACAUAUGAGAGUGCAUACUGGAGAAAAACCGUACCAGUGUGAAAUUUGUUUUAAGUCGUAUACUCAAGCAUCCGAUUUAAAAAAGCAUUUGAAAGUGCACACUGGAGAAACGCCUUACAAGUGUGAAAUUUGUUUUAAGACGUUGACUACAGCAAGUACCUUGAAAAGUCAUAUGAUUUUGCAUACUGGAAAAUAACCGUACCAAUGUGAAAUUUUAAAACAUAUUAGAGUACACACUGGGGAAAACCGUACUAGUGUGAAAUUUGUUUCAAAUCUUAUAAUGAAGCAUCCGAUUUCAAAAUGCACAUUGGAGGAACACCUUACAAGUGUGAAAUUUGUUUUGAGCCGUUUUCUGAAGCAUCCGGUUUGAAAAUGCAUUUGUGUGUGCAUACUGCAGAAACACCUUACAAGUGUGAACUUUGUUUUAAGCAAUAUUGUGAUUCACAAGACAUAUGAGGAUGCAUACUGGAGAAAAACCGUACCAUUGUAACAUUUGUUUCAAAUCGUAUACUCAAGCAUCCGAUUUGAAAAAGCGUUUGAGAGUGCACACUAGAUAAACGCCUUAAGGUGCGGUCUCUUAUUGUCGCAUGCGUUCGACGCAAGCAGCAGUCGCAUGCAAUUAACGCAGUGGUUGGGGUGGUCUCUCUUGUGCACUUAGGACCCGUAUUUCCAACCUCACUUAAGCCAAAGCUUACUUUAAACCUUAGCUUAAGCUUAGAUGCCUGUAUUUCCACUUCAAUUUGAGGCUUAAGCCUAGGCUUAAACCAAAUAAUUUUAAGCUAGCGCGGGAGUUGGUUUAAGCAUUUGCUUAAUAUUUGUUUUCUGUUUUUUGAGGUUAUUUCUAUAGAUUAUUAAUUAUAGAGUUGUUUUGAAAACCAACUUUUAAGUAAUAACGUUAUUAUUGGAUUAUUAAAUAGUAAUCUAUUAAUUUAUUAAUCGUAAUAACGAUUAUUAAAAUUCUUACUACUUUUGGAAGGUGUAGGCACAUGAAAAUUGUUUAUUUCUACAAUGCUUGGUAGGUAUAUUUAUUUUACAAAAAUAAACUUACAUUCCAGUUUGACAUUUUAAGGAAUAUAUCCAAUAAACAAAAUUACAAAGACGGAUCUAUUGCUUAUGCAAAAUAACAAUAAAAAUAUAACCAGAGAAAAUAUAGACAAUAAACUAAAAACACAUGUACCAUGUACACAAAAUUAAGUGAAGUAAAAAUAACAUUGAUACAGAUGACAAGAUAAAAUUAAAUGUCAACAGUAGUGGUUUUUACCUCAGAACAGUUAGCUCUUGCAAUUUGACGUAUUCAUAGGUACCAAACCAAUUAACUUUACAGCUGAGCAUCAGUUUAGUUAAGAGAAUGAUGGAAAUACGGCACCCAGCUUAAGCUUCUCCUUAACUUUUGACGCAGGCUUAGCUAAGCAAAAGCUUAAGUUGCUAUUGAAAUACUGGCCCUUAGACUCAUGCGAUAGAACAGCUGAUAUUGACCUGAACAGCGGGAAUUUUAAAAUGAUUCAGCAUAGAGAGAGGUUUACUAUCUUCGUAAAUACAGUGAUAGAGCAAUUUUGAAAAUUAUGGUAGAUAACUUCGAAAAUAAUAAAAUUCAUGAAUUUUAUGUGAGUAGAGUUGAAAUUUACAAUAGAUCAUUUAUGAUCUACAAUAUUUUAUACUCAGUAUUUUUAUUUUUUGCGUGGAUCAAUAAAUAUGUAAAUAAAUAAUAUAAAUAUAAAUAGAAACUUAUUGUUAGCUGUUUACGUAAAUUAUAUU